AUGGGAGGUCAUGGUGAUCAUCGUAGAGAGAGAAACAAGAAAGAAUCUGAUGAUGAUGAAGAAGAAACGGAAUAUGAAGUGCAAGAUUUGAGGGAUAAAAUAAAAUCGUCAAGAGGGAGUCGAUUUAAUUUGAUAGAGAAUGAGCUUGGACUCGUUAAUAAUACUAAUGAGUCGUCGUUGAUGACAAGUUGGAGAAGAAAACUGAGUCGUGAAUCGGUUGUUAAUGGUCUUCGUUACGUCUCCACAGGUCUCGUUAUCCAUCCUGAUAACAGCGGCGGGCGGUACGGUGACCGUGGUGGGGUCAGUAGUGCUGCUUCUGGACAUAAAGAAGAAGUGAGGUAUCUUUUAUGGAUUAGGCUCAGUAGGGUGCGGAAAGUGACUGAAUUUUUCCACAAGAUGGAGAAGGAUAUACGAAUUAAUUACCUCUUUACAAGGAUUAUAAAGCUUAUAGCAGUAGAACUCUACUGCACACACACAGCAGCCUGCAUCUUCUAUUAUUUGGCUACCACUCUCCCAUCGUCUAACGAAGGGUAUACAUGGAUUGGAAGUUUAAAGAUGGGUGAUUAUAGUUAUACAAACUUCAGGGAGAUCGAUAUCUGGAAGCGUUACACAACAUCUUUAUAUUUUGCUGUCAUCACUAUGGCCACAGUUGAGUCUUUCUUGCUGUAUACCUAUGUUUUGCUGGAGUCUUCCGUACUGUCUAAUAUGUCUGCUCCUUUUGCCACAGGAUAUGGAGAUAUACAUGCUGUUAACUUGAGGGAAAUGAUAUUUGUAAUGAUCUAUGUGUCAUUUGACAUGAUUCUCGGUGCUUACUUGAUCGGUAAUAUGACAGCAUUAAUAGUAAAAGGUUCGAAGACAGAAAAGUUCAGGGAUAAAAUGACAGAUCUCAUCAAAUAUAUGAACAGAAAUGGACUUGGAAAGGACAUCCGUAAUCAGAUCAAAGGCCAUGUGCGCUUACAGUAUGAGAGUAGCUAUACUGAGGCUUCUGCUCUGCAGGAUCUUCCCAUCUCUAUUCGUGCUAAGGUCAUUAAGCUUCAUGAGGAGUUUUUCCUUCCAGGAGAAGUAAUUAUGGAACAUGGGAACGUGGUAGAUCAACUUUAUUUUGUCUGUCAUGGUGUGCUGGAAGAGGUUGGGAUAGGGCAGGAUGGAUCAGAAGAAACUGUCAAACUUUUGCAACGUAACAGCUCAUUCGGAGAAAUUUCUAUUCUUUGUAACAUUCCCCAGCCUUAUAAAGUUAGAGUUUGUGAAUUAUGUCGGCUUCUACGGAUUGAUAAACAAUCUUUCUCAAAUAUACUUGAGAUUUACUUUUAUGACGGGCGCAAAAUUUUGGACAAUAUUUUAGAGGGGAAGGAAUCCAAUCUUCAAGACAAGCAGUUGGAAUCGGAUAUUACAUUUCAUAUUGGAAAGCAAGAAGCUGAACUUGCUUUGAGGGUGAAUAGUGCUGCUUAUCAUGGAGAUGUUUAUCAGCUGAAGGACUUUAUCCGAGCAGGUGCUGAUCCCAAUCGAACAGAUUAUGAUGGAAGAUCACCCUUGCAUCUUGCAGCAUCUAGAGGUUAUGAAGACGUCACCCUUUUCCUUAUUAAGGAAGGAGUUGAUAUUAACAUCAAAGAUAAAUUUGGAAACACACCCUUGUUGGAAGCCAUCAGGAAUGGACAUGAUCGAGUUGCAUCUUUACUUUUUAAACAAGGGGCCAUGUUGAACAUUGAUGAUGCUGGUAGUGUUCUGUGUAGAGCCGUUGUAAGAGGGGAUUCAGAUUUUCUUAAAAGGAUUUUGUCCAACGGAAUUGAUCCCAACUCUAAAGACUAUGAUCACCGAACUCCACUUCACGUGGCUGCUUCAGAUGGAUUAUAUUUGAUGGCAAAGUUGCUGACAGAAGCUGGAGCUAGUGUUUUCUCAAAGGACAGAUGGGGCAACACUCCACUUGAUGAAGGCCGGAUGUGUGGGAACAAGAAUUUGAUCAAGCUGCUAGAAGAAGCAAAAUCUUCUCAGAAAUCGGAAAUGAACCAUUAUGGCUCCCAUGAAACCACAGAAAAAAUACUCGCAAAGAAAUGUACCAUUUUCCCUUUCCAUCCAUGGGGUCCGGAAGAAGAGAGAAGACCUGGAAUAGUGUUAUGGGUCCCACACACCAUUGAAGAGCUUGUAAAAGCAGCAUCAGAGCAGCUACAGUUUCCGGAUGGUUCUUGUAUAUUAUCAGAAGAUGCAGGUAAAAUUCUUGAUGUAACCAUGAUAGAUGAUGGCCAGAAGUUGUAUCUAACCAGUGAUCAUACUCAUACACAUUAG